GGCACAUGACCUUCGAAUCGGUGACAUUGCCAUUUUCAAACUCGAAGGAGACAUGGUGUUUCAUGUCACUCCUUUUGGUCCUAGCUGUUGUGAGAUUCAAUAUACACAUCCUCACAUCAUCAAGGAGGAAGCCGACGCGAAUGAUGAUGCUGCGG